UGAGGACUACACAUCCCGGCGUGCAUCGCGGGGCCCCGCCCACUAGGGCUCGAGAACUACGGCUCCCGAGGUGCCCCGCGAUCCGAACUCGGGUCGGUCCUGUUGGCCGGGUCGGCUCUCGGGGCACCGCCUCUGGGGAGCCAUGGCCGCGGCCGUGCUGCUGAAGAGGCUGGGCUUCCCUCGCGCCGCGAGCCUGGGCGGGCUGCGGAGCCUCGCCGGGCGGCCCCCGCAUUUGGCCGAGGCGCCCGGGGCAGCGGACUCCGAGGAGCCCCGAGCCGGGCGGUGGGCGGCGACGGCACUGGGCGCGGGGGCAGCGGCGCUACUGCUGCUCUGGGGCUCCGGGGGCCGCGGGCGCCGGACGGGCUUGGGCUUGGCGUCUCCCACCGUCCUGGCCGCCGUCCCCACGCCCCCGCCGUCCUCCCCUCGGCGGCUUUACAAUUUCAUCGCGGACGUGGUGGAGAAGACGGCGCCCGCCGUGGUCUACAUCGAGAUCCUGGGCCGACACCCGUUCUCGGGCCGAGAGGUCCCCAUCUCCAAUGGCUCGGGCUUCAUCGUGGCCGCCGACGGCCUCAUCGUCACCAACGCGCACGUGGUGGCCGACCGGCGCCGGGUCCGGGUGCGGCUGCCCAGCGGGGAGACCUACGAGGCCACCGUGACGGCUGUGGACCCCGUGGCGGACAUCGCCACGCUCAGGAUCCCCAGCAAGGAGCCCCUCCCCACGCUGCCCCUGGGCCGCUCGGCUGAGGUUCGCCAGGGCGAGUUUGUGGUCGCCAUGGGAAGCCCCUUCGCCCUGCAGAACACCAUCACCUCCGGCAUCGUCAGUUCGGCCCAGCGCCGGGCCCGGGACCUGGGCCUGCCCCAGCCCAACGUGGAGUACAUCCAGACCGACGCCGCUAUUGACUUUGGAAACUCCGGGGGCCCUCUGGUGAACUUGGACGGAGAAGUGAUUGGGGUGAACACCAUGAAGGUCACGUCGGGCAUCUCGUUUGCCAUCCCCUCUGACCGCUUGCGCGAGUUUCUGCAGCGAGGGGAGAAAAAGAGUUCCUGGUUUGGGAGCGGCGAGUUGAAACGCCGAUAUAUUGGGGUGAUGAUGCUGACAUUAACACCCAGCAUCUUGGCUGAGCUGCAACUUCGCGAGCCAAGCUUUCCUGAUGUCCAGCAUGGUGUUCUCAUUCACAAAGUCAUCUUGGGCUCCCCUGCCCACAGGGCUGGUCUGCGGCCAGGGGAUAUCAUUCUGUCCAUUGGGAACCGGGCAGUGAAGUCAGCAGAAGAUGUCUAUGAGGCUGUUCGUUCACAGCCCAAGCUGGCCAUGCAGGUCCGAAGAGGGUUAGAUACACUGACCCUGUUUGUAACUCCAGAGGUCACGGAGUGACCAGGAUGGACAGAAGGGCCCCAAAACUUUACAGAAUCUUGCUUUACCCCCCCCCCCCC